CGCAGGAAUCCAGUGGCUGCCCUCCAGCCCUGGCUCAGCUCCACUUUGCUGAUCUUGGCUCAUCCCACGUCCCAGGUCAGCUGGGCAAUCAUUCACUAAGCCUGUAGGCGCUCUCCUCUCCCUUCCCCUCCGGUUACUUAUCAGCCCUAACCACCUUUGACCCAGGUGACAUAGGGCCCGCCCUUUCCUGCCUCAGGGUCUGAGCUUUCCUGAGCAGUUCCCCCUCUACCCACACCCCCAGACACCCCAGCACCAUGUUCUCCCUUACCUCCUGGCUCUCUUCACUGCCCUCCUUGGACUGGGACUCCGGCUUACUGGACUCCCUCCUGCAAGGCCUGAUUGGAGCCUGUGGAGUCUCUGUUCUUGGCAGCUUGAUGAAAAUCUAUUUCUUCAUCUAUUGUGUGAAUGAUCCCAAGAGAAAGAAGGAAAAGGAGUACUUGCUUUCCCAGUGGGUCCUUCUGGAGCCCCUGAACCUGGUGGGGCUGACAGCCUUCCUCACUGUGGUUGGGGUCCGAGUGGCUGCCCUCGUGGUAUUGGAGUUCUCACUCCGGGCAGUCUCUAUGCUACUGACCUUGAACAAGGGCCCAGUGGUCCCUGAGUUCCUCCGUCUAUUUCUUCUGUGCCAAUAUUCCCUGGGCUGUGGGCUGACCUGUGGCCUGAGCUUCCUGCUGGAGGGGGCCCCUCACCAGACUCUCAACUUGCUGCUCAGUCUGGGGCUGGCGGGGCUUCUGGCAAGUGGGGCCCAGCGCCUCUACCGUCACGUCUGCCGCCUCUAUGAACUGCACAGCCGGGAGCAAUACUGCGGAGCCUGCCUGACACUGCUGGCGAAGUGGCAUGACCUCCCUGCCCUGCUGGGCCGCGCCCUGCGUGUGGCCUUUCUGGUGGGUGAUGUGGCUGCCGUGGCCCUCAUCAACCGUGACUUCCUGACCACCUCGGAGGCGGUUCGCUUCUGGACUCCACUUACCAUCUGCUACACCUUGCUGGUCAUCUACAUGCAAGAGGAGCAGCGACAGCAUCCGAGCACACAGAGCCAAUACCAGACGGUGUUUGUGCGAAUGGGCGGCCUCUUCAUCCUCCUGCUGACUGUCGGCCGCUGGCUGGACCUCAUGGGCGUUGUUAUCUCCCUCUUUGGGGAGCUCUGGUGCCUGGCUAGUUCUAGAGUCCUGCUUGACCUCUGUCAGAAGCAGGCUCUCUCCCAGAUACCUUCUGUGGCAGCACCCAGGCAGGCGAAGCCAGAAGCUCAACCUCAGCCCCACCUCUCCAAAGAUAAAGCCCAUUCCUAAGACCAGGGUGGCAGAAGUGUGGGCUCUUCCAGGACCUGGAGCCCAACAGGGACUGACCUACUGCGGGGGAGGUCUUAGAAGGAUGGAGCUGGAGACGUAGCCCUGCUGGGCGGGGCCACCUUAGGACCCUUCCGUGUUCCAGAAGGAAGCGGCUCUGUUGGCCUGCAGAAAGGGCUCUUCGGAAAUGGUGGAGUUUCCAAAUCGGAGCCAGGCCUGGGAUAGGAUGGAGAGAGAGCCCAGCUCAAACUUGGUAUUAUGGUCCUUGGACCAAGGAUAAGCUGCUGAUAGUAUCCCCUGUUUGCCCCCUUGGGAGGGAGAAACUGGGGGGCUGAUGGUGCUUGGUGGUGGGAAGCAUCUUGUACUACCCCCUCUCUGGCCUCCCUUCCCUGUCCCAUAAGAAAUAAAAUAUUCAGACUGUU